AUGUGCGCGUCCGGCCGCCGAGCGCACGUUGGGACGGGGGUGAGGAGGGACGAGGGGCAAGAGAGCGUCGAGGGGAUACGCGGGGCGGGCCACGGCGGUCGCGCGAUGCGAUUUGGUCCGUCUCACAGGCACCAUGUACGCAUGCGCACCAAUCGAUCCGGCGGUCGUCUCGCUCAUGUCCGAGCACGGAUUCGCGCGUCCGGCGGCGCGUGGUUGUGCGGACGAACGUUGCUGAAGCGCCAGACUCUCUCGAGCCGUGCAGUCGAGAUCCGCCGCAUGGCCGGUACAGGAAAGGAAGGUACCCCUCGCCGGCCCUCGGCCUUGCAGGAGUCCAGCACCUUCGUUUCCGGCUGGCGGCAUAGGCGACGGAAGAGCGCAGACUCAGACGUAGGCGCGUCGUCGUCCGAGCAGACGGAAGGUAGGGAAAGCAAAGCAUUGAUUGCAACGAUUGAAGAGCACUUGAACAAGACAGAACAGAGCAUCACAACAAGCAACUGCCCACGGUGGGUACGGGAACGGGGCGCGAGGGUACGGUGCACGUCUCGCAUCAAGCGUCGACGCCAUGAAGGGAGGAAGGGAUGGGUACACGGGAGCCCGGAGGAGAGGGCAUCCUCCCCUUGCUCACAUGCAGGACGCGUGAACAGGGGAAGAAACACUCGCCGCCGCGGGAGGCAGCAGAGGCGCAUCGGAGUGCCCGCUGUCCGAGGUGCCGUAGCCAGAGCUGCUGCCCAACGAGCGGACGCUCAGCGGCGAGGCAGGGCGCUGAGUAGAAGUGCGGGCGUCGGAGGAAGGCGGCAGUGGGGCGGCGACGGGGCGCGCGACGCCAACGGUGCGGGUCGCACGUGGAGCAGAGAUCGGGCGCAGGGCCGUUUGGGCGGGCGGCUGGCGCGAGCGCGCGAGGGAGUGUGGAGGGCAGCGAAGAGCCAGGUGCAUGCGGCGGAGGGGGCGGGGAGAAUCCACACGCCCCAGUUGACUCGGACGACCAAGACAACGAAGGCGAUGAAGAGUACUAAGAGCGCGAAGGGGUAUCACGGUCGACAAGCCGAUGGUCAUGCUGGUGGACAGAGAGCCGGAAGCUCCGUCGGAAAUGGAGGCCGUGGCGUCGCGGAAAACGGGGGCCAUGAUGAGGAUGAUGGUGGGCAGCUGCCUGGACUGUGUUGGGGAGCACUCCGGCGGUCAGCGCCGGUAGAAGAUGUGCAAAGAGCCUCGUCGAAACUGUCGCAGCCCGUUAAUCAACGUAGCGACCUCUGUGCGUGCUCCUCCCGAGUUCCUGCACAAACACACGCAGCAGAGCGUGUCACCCUUCGGGACGACGCGAUCGCGGGCGCCACUGCAGGGCUGCUCCGUGAAGGUUUAGCGGAUGACGCCCGGAUUAUGCCUGAAUCCAACCUGACUCGCCCUAGGAUAGCACACAUCAGCUCAGAGCCAGAUACGGGCGCACAUGAACGCUUGAACAGGAGGUACAACCCACCUGCAUGUUCUGAGUACUACUCUCUCGAGCCCCACGGAGACCCGGACGUUACUCAGCACUUACCGACCGACCACAGAACGGGGCGCAGACACGGAUUACCUGCAGCCACGUUUUCCGAGAACGAGAUCUGGGUCUUGACUUCUGCGAUAUUAGUACUCACUCUGGAGCACCCGGGUGCCACAGCAAAUGCGGCGUCGGCGUGGGUAGCACGCGCGCCCCGCCCCGCGGCGGCUGCCGUGAAGCGGGAAAUGUGGAAAGCUACUACUAGACCCUGGAGGCGGUGGUAUGAGCUGCAUGAGGAACAUACUCCAGAAAUCAUACCUGAGCUGGGCUUGGCGUUGGGGUGUCUGUGA